AGCCAAAAUUUGCAGGGGAAUUUUUCCAGUGUUUCCCCAACAGAUCGAUAUCGAUUUAAUGUUAAAUUAAACAGGAUGUUAAAUUGUAUAAAGACAAAACAUGUUAAUACCCGCAGUAAACGCCACUCAGGAUUAAUUUUCACAACGUGGGAAUGUCCAUUCGCUAUUUUGAUAAGCGAAUAUUGUCGUACAGGCAACUAAACAAAGCACAUUGAAAUAAAACAGAAGAUUAAACGCGACGCGAAGCGAUGUAAUUGGGUUUGCUUAACUGGUCCACACCUGUCUUAAAAAGCGUCCACAUCGCCGUUACAAGAAACAACCAUACAAUAUGGAGUAUCCUUCGCACGACAGUAGGGCGAGAGAACGUGAUGAAAAUGACGAUGACGAACUAACACUACCGGAAGAGUACCGUUUUCUGCCAAUACUGGCACUUCAAACACCAUCGCGGAAGAAGCUGGCGAGUUUCUUGGACUCCGAGGGUGAGCCGUUGGUUGUCGAAAUAGACUCCGAACCUUGUGACACGUUCAGUGAUAUAUUCGGACUAGCCGAGCUUGCUGGAAUGAGCAGCCAAGAUCUUGCACAGUUAAAGAAAUCGCAGAGCCCAACGCUGAAAUUUCUCGAGCUUUGGAACAAAAACAAUGCCACGAUCGGAAAUCUUUGGAAGUUCCUAAUGCUUCUAGAACGCUAUGACGUCAUCCAAGACUGCAGAAACACAGUUUUGAACGACUGUAACGUUUAUGGGCAGCAAAUUCCACACGAAGACCUACCAAGACCGAAUAUGUCAGGUGUAGACAUGUUGAAACCGACGAAGUCCAGUGUAGAUCUGAAGCUACCGAAAAAAUUAGGUGCAAACCUUCCACAACCGACAAAGUUCGGUGCUGAUGGCGGACAUGAAGACGAACAGUUCGACUGGUACGACGAAAUGAAUGUCGAUGAAACCAAGUUCAGUACAAAGGACGAUGUUGAAAACCAUUCGAAGACCUUUUACGACGCCUUCGUGUGCUUUACUGAUGAGGAUUUUGCUUUCGUCAAGGAGCUGAUCAAUGAACUGGAGGGCAAGCGUGGACUAAAACUGUUUGUGCCGGGUCGCAAUGAUCUACCUGGGGCCGCAGAGUGCCCGAUCAGCGCUUACCUGAUUGAAAAGAGGUGUCGUAAAAUGCUGAUUAUCAUAUCCAACAAGUUCUUGCGGAGCGCAAAAUGCGAUUUCCAGGUGCAGUUUGCUCGAGCCUUGUCAAAAGGUUUACGCAAUCGAAAAUUGAUCACCAUUGUUUAUGAAAAGGGCGUGUUCAUCCCGCGCAUCCUUCGCUACCGGGCCCACUGCGACUUCACUAAACAAGAAAUGAAGGAGUUUGUCUACUCAAAGCUCGUACACGCCAUUACCGCUGGAGCAGGAAUUUCGGACAUUGAGGAGAAAGAAACUCUGGAAAAUUAUUUACAAGACAGCAUGGGGUUCGCAUAUCCAGAUUGCCGCAGAUGGAAAGACGAUGACAUUCUUAAAGACGCCCCUUCGAUUGAAUACAACGACCUUUCUGCGACUGGACUCAGUGACUUAUCUCACACAGAACCAAAACUUCUAUUGGACAAACGGUCUUCGUCGUGCAAUAUGUUAAACAUCUCACCUGUGGAAAUGCCAAGGACUGUUAACAAUAUGAAUAUCACUGAAUUAAAUCGUUCUUUAUCCACAGAAAACAAUGAAACUUCACUCACUGAACCAAAAUUACCGUAUCAAACUUUUCCAGAGAGGUGUGCGUCGUGGGAUGGAAACACUGACAAAGCGAAGUGCAGUAACGGAUAUGUGAAGAAAAAGAGCAGUAUUAAACACUGCAUUUUUAAAACGUUUAGAAAUAUUAAAGAACGAAUUCUAAAAGGCAAGUAUCAUCCAAGGGGAACUAAUAGUGAAUGUUCACAACAAUAUCUAAGCAGUACCAGUUGUAACCUUUCAUCUUGCCCGGAUAAUAACCAUGUGUUCCGUAGUGAAGAUACAUUGGAAUCAUGCAGUAACAGAUUAUCUUGCCCUGAUAACAACCACGUGUUUUCUAGUGAAGAUACAUUGGAACCACGCAGUAACAGUUGUAACCUUUCCUCUUGCCUUGAAAAUAACAUUGUGUUACCUCGUGAAGAUAUAUUAGUUCCAAGAUCUGGUCUCCAGGACAAAUACCAGGAGCCUGUAGAGAAUUCAUUUCAUGAGUAAGAAACUAAGCAUGAACUUUAUUCCAUGUUGUUAACAAGAUUAGGAAAAAAACGUGUCCAUAUAAAAGGUUUUUGAAUCAUCUUGAUUGUGUCAACCGUUGUCACAAAAUAAACGACGGGUAUAAACUAUUUUCAUUUUUUUUUAAACGGACUGUAAGUCAAACUGUAGACCACACAAACAUUCUUUGGUAAAGUAUUGUUCAUAUUGAUAUCGUAUAAUGAUAUGUUUGCGUCUUAAAUACAGCAGUUUUUUUAUAAGAUACAUGUUCAUGCAAAUCAUGUUUGUAUAUCGUAAA